UCCGGUUGGCUCUCUGGAUGAAUGGUUUCGUCCAAAACCGUGUACUACCAUGCUACAUAGUGUGUACCGCACCGUUAGUGUCGUACUGUUUUGGCACCCUCUUUAGUAGGGUAGUGUGCGGUUUUGAACGUGGUUUGAAUAACGUGUCAAACAGCAGCGUCAAGUCACACACUUCCAGCUGGUCAAUGUGGCGGCAGCAGAAACCCGGGGCGUGUUUCGUGAUUUGAGUUUUGACACACACACACGCGCGCGGUGCAAAGCUAUUUAAAGCUUGUAUUCCCUGAUGUGUAAAUCAUUAUUUGACAGCUGAAGUUGCUCUGUGAGAAUUUAAGUUUACGAGUGAGAAUUUCUUCGAGAAAAUGGCGGAGGUUGCUACACCCGGCGUGGAAAAGAGCCUCGACGACUUCUUUGCUAAGCGGGAUAAAAAGAAGAAGAAAGAAAAGGGUAAAGGGAAAGAAGCAGGCCCGGUGAGCGCACCGGCCUCGCUGAAGAAGAUCAAGAAAGAAAAGGAGAAGUCGAUGAAAAACGAAAACCAAGACGCGACCAUUGAGAAGGAGGAUGAGGAAUGGAAAGAGUUUGAGCAGAAGGAGGUGGACUACAGUGGCCUGAGGCUUCAGGCUCUGCAGAUAAGUGAUGAAAAAGAGGAGGAAGAGUAUGAGAAGGAGGAGGUGGGAGAGGAUGGUGAGAUCAUACUGGUCAGUGGAGAUAAAGUGUCUGGCCCUUGGAACAAAUCCGGACCUCCUCCACCAGCUGCUCCCGUGGAGGAGAAAGAGGUUCCUGAGUCGAAGCCUGCUGGUGUAUAUCGUCCCCCUGGAGCUCGGUUAGGUCCUCCAAAAAGAGGGCCAUCACAGGGGCCUCCCGAGAUCUUCAGUGAUGCGCAGUUCCCCUCACUUCUUGCAACUGCCAAACACGUGGAGACUCGCAAGGAUAGAGAGAUUGAGAAGACGUUCGAAGUGGUCAAACACAAGAGCCGUGCCAGAGAAGGGGAAGGUCCAGGAGCCGUGCAGCAUUUACAGUUAGACAACCAGUUUGCUGUUCUGGAGGAUAAAUAAACAACGUUAUGUCCUCACCCCUCAGCCCACCACCAAUGGUGCAGUCCAAACCACAGGGCAAGAUGACCCGCCGCUGUGCUGAUGCAGUCCUGAUCAUGCUGGAGAUGCAACACACACACACACACACACACACACACACACACACACACACACACACACACACACACACACUUGUGUCUAUACUACAUGGUUCUUUCCUCUCUUUUGCUCUCUGUUCUCUCACACGAUUCCUCUCUCUCUCUCUCUCUCUCUCACACACACACACACACACACACCCCACAAAGACAUUCAGUAGUGCCCUCAAGUAUUUCACUCACACUUGGCUGGCCAAGGUUCUCUCUUAUUGAACACAUCUAAAAGGGCUGCGGCAAAGGGGACUGAGUGACUUUAAAAAUUCUCCUUCUUAUGACAGUGGAAACAAGCAAACUUCUGUGAUGGUGGAUUUACUCAGAGCAGUGGAUGGUUGGAGAGCUGCGCAAUGGGACAUCAGCUGAACUCUGAGAAAGCCCUCUCUGAGGAUGGACUCUUAUCAUGUGAUCAAGUGAACUUCUGUUGAAAUUACACACAUCUAUUUUUUUGCUUUGCUAAAUCAACAGAACUCCUGAACGUGAAGUUGUUUUCUUUUCAUGAUUCGAGUACAGCGGGAGUGUUUGGGUCAGGCCAGAGGAGAGGGUAAGACUACCUCAGUUGCAGAUCUGUGGUUACCCUGUUGACAGAGUCCUUGGGCCUGGUCACAAUCCCAGCUGAAGAGGAGCACUUAACACUUCAUCCUAAACUUGAAAAUCUCUUGUCUCUCCCCCACUUUCCUCCUUUUGGAGCUCUAAAGCUUGCGCUAUUUGAAUCAAUUCUAUUAAAAGUGGCCUUACUGUAAAGAGUAAAAGCAUAGAGUGAUUAGAAAUAUAUAAGUAUAUAUGAGUGAGAGAAAUGUCUAUCAUCCUCUGGAGAGAUACGUGCUGAGUGUGUGGAAAGCUGCUGCUUGCCUCAAUUGUACCACUUCGAGGAGUAAAAACCACCUCCCUGCUUCCUUGUACUGGAUUGUAGUGCUCAGUUGUAGUUUAAUUUUUUUUUUUUUCCCUGGACUCUGCUUAAGCACUGAUUGUUUAUUGCAAAAAUGAAUUUGGUGCAAGGCUUACUGUGUUCAGAAAAAAACCCACCCUAUUUUGAUUAACUGUUUCCAUUUAAUGUUUUCACCCUUUUCCUCUCUUUCUACCCUUUUCAGUAUGCUUUUUAAGUCUGAUUUCAUGAUUGGCAAACCAGAAUUAAAGCGUAACCUUCUGAAGUGUC